UGAAAGUGAUGGAAAUGAAGCUCAGCCACAGACAGGGACGACCUCUUUCUCUCCCUAACCAAACCUCAACUUUCUCUUCUCACAGCUUCCAUUUCAAGAAGCAUUUGAGAGGUCUAGCAAAGAAGUGGAGAAUUCAACUUCACGAGGUGGCAAAUGGACUCAAUCACAAACACUUGUUGGUUCAUGUGGUCAAAGAGGGUGAAACUUUGACUUCAAUUUCGAAGCAAUACAGGGUGUCUGUCUAUUCAAUUGCAGCAGCAAAUAAGAAUAUUGUGGAUGUUGAUCUUGUAUUUGAAGGGCAGCACCUUAAAAUUCCUUCGUCUGCCAGGGAAGAAGGGCCAGCGACUGAAAAGGAUAGUUUGUCCACUGUCAAUCUCAAAGAGACUCGUCAACCUUCCUUGAAUAUCUUCAAUGGACUUUUGGACAAAAAGAACCAUACUGUGCAAAUUGCCCAUAGUUUGCCACAUGCUUAUCCAUUCUAUUAUCAGGCUAAAACCACUGGUUAUUUUCUAGUAAUGGUUCCUCUUAUAGCAUUCUGCAUCAGAUGCAUAAUUGGUUCCUUUAACACUAGAAUUUCUGGAAAUUCAAGACACCAAACUGUGAAUGAAUCCAAGGGACAUCAUCAUGGGUCCAAAAUCGUGCGUUGGAAGUCUGCUCUCGGAGACAUAAUGGAAGCUGACAGUUCAGAUUCUGAAACAAGGUCAGAGUCGAAUGAUUUAUCAGAAGAUAUAGCUCAAACUUCCUUUGAAGAUAUGUCUCAUGCUUACGGCAAACUAGAAAACGAUUAUGAAAAAUUUCUUGCUGAAUGUGGAGUGAGUAAAUGGGGAUACUGGCGAGGAGGUUCUCCUGAAUAAAGCAUGUUAUUGUGAAAACUUAAACAUUAAACAACAAUUUUGAUGUCAAUUUUUGCUGCUCUUGUGCGUACCCCAAGUAUUGAAUAUCCUAAUCGUGUGAUAUUGUUAAGGUUUUAGGAAAUGCAACAUGUAAAUUUAUCAAGGUGAAGAUAGCACAUGUAGUUCAUUGUAUAUACGAUAUAUCUCCAUGUUACUGGUUUUUAAGUGUGAUUUGAUUUUAUCAAGG